UGCAUCACUCCCUCCACCGAGGCACUUUGGCCUCGCUCAGCACAGGCUGGACAUUGGUUCUCUGUGCGAGGCGGUGAUUGGAAGAUGCUAACAGUGCUGGCUUAGGAUUGGUGAAGCUGCUAUAGGCCACGCCUCAAGCCCGGAAGUGCUCGCCGCACAGGCCCAUGUGUAGUGGAGAAACGCGUGUGGAGGGAAUGCUUCUCCAUCCUUCAACGAAUCGUCUCUGCCCCCACCCUUCCGAGACCUGUUUUAAAGACACCACCCCCAAAACUACCCCCGCUGCAUCUUGCCACUCAAGCCGUGUCUAAUGGAGUCUACGUUCAGCAGCCCUGCGGAGGUGGCCCUGCAGAGGGAGGCGGGCGUCCCGGGAUUGCGCACUCCAUCUGCGGACCUCGACCGAAUAUACGAGCUGGAGAGAAUUGUGGGAUUUGUCCGACACCUGAAGUGUCAGCGGGUGGCCUUGCAGUUCCCUGACCAGCUACUGGGAGAUGCACGGGCUGUGGCUGCACGACUAGAGGAGAUCACUGGAUCGAAGAUGUUCAUUCUAGGGGACACAGCCUAUGGCAGCUGCUGUGUGGACGUGUUGGGUGCCGAGCAAGCUGGAGCUCAGGCCCUUGUACACUUUGGCCCUGCCUGCUUAAGCCCCCCAGCCCGACCGCUGCCUGUUACCUUCAUCUUUGGUCAACGCUUUGUGGCUUUAGAGCUCUGUGCCAAGGCUUUUGAAGCCCAGAACCCAGACCCCACAGCACCUGUGGUACUGCUGAGUGAGCCAGCCUGUGCCCAUGCCCUGGAGGCCUUGGCCACUCUCCUGCGCCCAAAGUACCAAGAUCUGCUUGUCUCUAGUCCAGCUCUUCAUCUGCUGGCUGAGUCCUCCAGUCCAGAGCCUGAGCCUCUGGAGUGUUUUGGGCGCCACUUCCCUCUUGCCCCAGGGAGACGACUGGAAGAAUAUGGUGCUUUCUACGUAGGAGGUUCUGAGGCCACCACUGAUCUUGACCCAGACCUGAGCAGGCUGCUUUUAGGGUGGGCACCAGGGCGGCCCUUCUCUUCCUGCUGCCCAGACACAGGACAGAUACAGGAUGAGAGUACACGGGCUGGACGGCUAAGAGCACGAAGGCGGUAUCUGGUAGAGAAGGCCAAAGAUGCCCGCGUGGUAGGGCUGCUAGUAGGCACACUGGGUGUGGCCCGGCAUCGUGAAGCACUGGCACACUUGCAGAACCUGACUCGGGCUGCAGGCAAACGUAGCUAUGUGUUGGCCCUGGGACGGCCCACCCCUGCAAAACUUGCCAACUUCCCUGAGAUGGAUGUCUUUGUGCUGUUGGCCUGUCCUCUGGGUGCCCUAGCACCACAUUCUUCUGGGAACUUCUUCCGGCCUAUAUUGACACCAUGUGAGCUGGAGGCUGCCUGCAACCCUGCUUGGCCACCUCCAGGCCUGGCUCCACACCUCACACAUUAUGCGGACUUGCUGCCUGGCUCUCCUUUCCAUGUGCCCCUCCCACCACCUGAGUCAGAGCUGUGGGAAACCCCAGAUGUGUCACUCAUUUCUGGGGAGCUCCGACCCCCACCUUCUCGGAAGUCAUCUGAUGAUCCUGGGUGCUCUGCCCUGACCCCUCGGCCCCCACUGCAGCUGGCUGAGAGCAGUCCUGCAGCCUCAUUCCUUAAUUCCCGGAGCUGGCAGGGCCUAGAACCACGCCUGGGUCAGACACCUGUGAAAGAAGCUGUGAGUGGAAGACGGGGGAUUGCCAUUGCCUAUGAGAAUGAGGGAAGCAGUUGAUACUGUGGGACCAGACACACAAACUUAAGAGUCUCGAUUGGGAUUUUUAAUGCUCCAAGAUCCUUGAAGAAGCCUGGAUGGAGAGUUGUCAGUAGUCCCUCACUGAUCCAUGUCCUCUUCUGGUACUGAGAAGCUCAGCUCACACUGGCUUAGUAAAUGCCUGUUGUUUGAUGGGGAAAAGGCUUGAGGGUUUCGCUGAGGCCUUCUGGGCCCAAAGACCUUUAGCCAAUUACAAUUCUUCAUCUACAGGUGAGGGUCUGCCCUUGUUAAGGGACAGAUGUGUUAGAUGGUUCAAAGCAGGUUUCUCAUCCUAAGCACUGCUGACAUUUUAGACUGGGUAAUGUCUCCAGACAUUGGGAAAUGUCUUUUUUUAGGGACAUAACUAGCAGUAGUUAUGCCUCUACUGGUCUAGGACUACACUGUCCAGAAUAACAUUCACUGGACACAUGUGGCCAUUUCAAUUUAAAUAAAAUAUAUUAAAACCUCCAUUUCUCAGUCACACUAAACCUAUCUCAAGUACUCAAAUAACAGCUAGCAGACAUCCCUGUUGCAGAAAGUUCUCUUGGAUGAUGCUGUUCUACAUUGACUUAAAACUUGUUUUCCCAGGGACAUCACAGAAACUCAAAUAAAACAAAUACUUUU